AUGCAUCUCCUCAUCGCCUGGCUACUCAUCGCUGUCGCCGUUGCGGCACAGAGUUAUAACUACGGCGUUGAUACCGACUCACUCGCCCGCAGACAAGACAGCAACUCUCGAAUCGUCGUGAAGCCGCUUCCACAAACUCGCAAUGGCACUAUACCCCUGAGACCAGAGAUUCGAGAGAUGAAGGCCGAUCGGUUCAAAUGGGACUUGUAUAUUCUCUCCAUGAGCAUGUUCCAGGAUGUCAGUCAGGAUGACCCUGCUUCGUGGUACCAGAUCGCUGGGAUACAUGGGCAAGAACUAUAUCGAAUGGCCAACGUCAUUGCCGGUAUGUUUCCUAACGGGACCGAUCGGCAAUCAUAUCUCGACGCUGCACGCGACUUUCGAAUGCCAUAUUGGGACUGGGCAACGGCAUCUCCUGCAGGAGAGUCCUUCUUUCCGGACGUCUUUUGGAACGCUACUAUCUCUCAGAAUGGUCCUCAAGGAGUCCAAGUGAUCCACAACCCUCUUUACUCCUACAAGUUCCAUCCCAAGAACGCAACCGCGCUCAUAUGGACUCCAUUGAGGGACUGGGGAGAGACAAAAAGAGCCCCUAAUUCAUCCGUAAGUAGUCCCGAACCUACUUCUGAUAACGAAGAGGUCAACGCGGUGCUUCUUUCAAAGUUGCCUCAGGUCCGGCAGCGUCUUAUGAUACUCUUUUCCAGCUACAAGGACUUCAAUAGCUUCGGAAAUAAGGCCUGGGCUGUGAGCCAGAAUCUUUCUGCACUAGAUUCCAUCGAAUCUGUUCACGACAUUGUUCAUAUUUACGGUGGACUUCGGGGACAUAUGACAUACGUUCCUUUGUCUGCAUUCGAUCCGCUCUUCCUACUCCACCAUACUAUGACGGAUCGUCUCGUUGCAAUAUGGCAGGCACUAAAUCCAGACUCGUGGUUGCUUCCGAUGGCAGCGGGCGAGAACAGUUUUACCACUCUCAAAGGCGAGAUUCAAGACCCCCAGUCACCAUUAACUCCAUUUCUCGCCUCCGAGGAUGGCACAUUCUGGACCUCCGACACGUCAAGAGCAACAGAGGCCUUCGGCUACGCUUACAACGAUACGGAUUUGACAGGAAAGCAGAAGGAAGAUCUGCGCCAAGAGUUGACCAGGAAGGUAACUCAGUGGUGGGGAACUCCAAAUAUAAUCACUCUGCAAUCGAACUCGGGUAUCAUGUUAAGUGACGAAAGUAGUACCGCGAGAUACUAUACCGAAUGGAUCGCCAACAUCCGGGUAAUGGUGGAGGCUUUGGAUGGUAGAUUUGCCAUACACUUUUUCCUAGGGGAUCCCUCAAGUAACUGGGAGGAGUGGGACAGGGACGAUGGUAGCGACAACAACAGCCAUAUUGGUACAGUUGCGAUCUUUGCAAUGAACCGAAAUUCCGGAUCGGAUACAAUGAUUUCAGGAACAUUACCCUUGACGUCUGCGCUGAUACAAAGGGGCAUUGAGCCUGAGGAUGCCGAGUCCUACCUUCGAGAGCAACUACAAUUCCGAGUGCUAGGAAGUGAAGAGGUUGACCCGAGCGAAGUUGCCGGAUUAUAUAUAGAUGUCAGCUGUUCAGAUGUCAAAAUAGAGGCGGACAGCGAUAAACCAGAAUGGGGGGAAUUAGUAUCGAGGAUGAUUUUAUGGAGUUGA